AUGUCUGAUAGUGUUGUCGAGGAUGACAUAGUACCCGAGCAGGAGGCGAGGUCUGGUAGUGUUGUCGAGGAUGGCUUAGUACCCGAGCAGGAGGCGAGGUCUGGUAGUGUUGUCGAGGAUGGCUUAGUACCCGAGCAGGAGGCGAGGUCUGGUAGUGUUGUCGAGGAUGACAUAGUACCCGAGCAGGAGGCGAGGUCUGGUAGUGUUGUCGAGGAUGGCUUAGUACCCGAGCAGGAGGCGAGGUCUGAUAGUGUUGUCGAGGAUGGCUUAGUACCCGAGCAGGAGGCGAGGUCUGGUAGUGUUGUCGAAGAUUACAUAGUACCCGAGCAGGAGGCGAGGUCUGGUAGUGUUGUCGAGGAUGGCAUAGUACCCGAGCAGGAGGCGAGGUCUGGUAGUGUUGUCGAGGAUGGCUUAGUACCCGAGCAGGAGGCGAGGUCUGAUAGUGUUGUCGAGGAUGGCUUAGUACCCGAGCAGGAGGCGAGGUCUGAUAGUGUUGUCGAGGAUGGCUUAGUACCCGAGCAGGCGGCGAGGUCUGAUAGUGUUGUCGAGGAUGGCAUAGUACCCGAGCAGGAGGCGAGGUCUGAUAGUGUUGUCGAGGAUGACAUAGUACCCGAGCAGGCGGCGAGGUCUGAUAGUGUUGUCGAGGAUGACAUAGUACCCAGCAGGAGGCGUUGUCGAGGAUGA